ACGUCAAUGUCAAAGUCAAAAAUCGUGCUUUUCACGUGUUUGUAUUUUGGAAAUGUAAUCGUAGUUUUAAUUUUAAAAUAUUACAAUGAAGCAUAAGAGAUUUGAAGAGAAUAUUUUGGUCGAUGAAGCUUACACCAAUUACGGUAAAGUCGAUAAAAAUGAGGAUCAAAAGAAAGGCGUGGGUAUCGCCAAACAUUUUGCAGAAAGUUUGGAGUAUGGCGAGAGAAAGAAAUGGUUUCACCAGAUACCAGAAGAGCCAACAGCAAGUAAAACUUUGAGUCAGGAUCAAAUUGAAGAGCUUAGAAAGGAAGCAAGCAGUGCCUUACACGGCGAUACGUUAGCUUAUGAAACAAAAUCAAACAGAAGUGGUUCCUCAGAUCAACAAUGGGCUCGGACCCUGUUAAAUAAAGGUGCUAUUGGUGAUAGGGUUGCUGCUGCAACUAUCCUAAUACAGGACAAUCCUAUUUACAAUUUGACAGCAUUGAGAAAUUUAGUCAACAAUGUAAAACCAGCUAAAAAGAAAGAUGGAAUUGUUAUUAUUGAUGCAUUAUCAGAACUUUUCGUCUCAGAAUUAUUGCUACCAGAUUUAAAGUUACGUAAAUUUGAACAACAUUCACUGGGACAUGUUGACGAAAUGGCAUCAGGCAAUAAACAAACUCGAAGGAAUAUACUAAAACUGUGGUAUUUCGAAGACCAACUGAAAGAAUUAUAUGGAUGUAAGACUCACCACCACUUAAAGAUGCUUAAACUAAUGUUGUUGACAAAUAUAAUAAAUAAACUGGGAGAUCCGUCACAAGCAGUGGCUUCUAAAGUGAUAUAUCAUCUUUGUCAAUUGUUGUUCAACCAUCCUAAUAUGAAGGCGGUGGUGCUUGCUGAUAUUGAAAAGAUGUUGUUUAGGACAAACAUUUCACCUAGAGCUCAAUAUUACGGAAUCUGUUUCCUCAACCAAUUCUUCCUCGGCAAAGAUGAUUCAAAAAUAGCGGAGAAUCUAAUAAGGAUUUAUUUUUCAUUCUUCAAAGCAUCUAUUAAAAAGGGUGAUAUAGAUUCUCGUUUAAUGUCAGCGAUAUUGACUGGUGUGAAGCGUGCGUACCCGUUCGCGGACAGACAGCGACUGGCGAUAGCGGAGCACGUGUCCGCGGUGCACAGGCUGGUGCACCUCGCGGGGCUUAGUGUCUCUGUGCACGCGUUAGCCCUGCUCUUUCACAUCAGUGAUGCCUCCGAGGGCACUGCGGACAGAUAUUACACAGCGUUAUAUCGUAAACUGACAAAUGCUGAGAUAUUCAAUACAAGUCAUUCCGCAUUACUCUUCUCUCUUAUAUACAAGUCGUUAAAACAGGACAAGAAUAUAGACCGAGUGACGUCAUUCAUAAAAAGAUUAUUGCAACUCUGCUGUUAUAUGACACCCGCGCAAUCUUGUGGCAUGCUCUUUUUGGUGUCACAAGUGUUGAAAGAUGGUGUCAAGAAAGAUGCCAUCAAAUUAGUAUGGAGUAAGAGAGAUUUUAAAGAGGAAAUUAAAGACGAAGAAACAAAGACAGAAGAAGAAGGAACGAAUACAGAAGAUACAAUAACAGAAGAACAGAAUGAAACAGAAGUUAACGAUACAAUAAACGACACAAUUGAUUCUACGGAAGAUAAUAAUGAAGUGAAAAUAGAAAGCAAGAAAAUCGAUCUUCUUCGAGGCGAUAAGAAAGAUUUAUUACUAGAUGAUGAUGAAGAGAUGUAUGUAGAUUUGAAGAUGGAUGAUGAAGGGAACAUAAAACCGAAGAAGCGCAGAGCCGCUGCUGUCACUGCGGGCUGGUUCCACGCUAGAGUGAAAUCAGAGGAAGAUGCAGAAGAUAAAGAAGGAAAGAAGAAGGAAGCAGCAGAUAAAGAGAUCAUCGCUAAAAUACAAUUGACAAAAGCCGCUAAUACUGAUAGAGUGAUAUCGGAAUAUAAUCCAUACGCCCGUAACCCAGCGUUUGCUGGCGCGACGUGUUCUGUUUAUUUUGAAUUACUACCUCUAUUCAAACAUUUCCAUCCUACUGUUAAAUUGUUUGCUGAGAAAUUGUUAAAUGAACAAAUAGUACAAUACAGCGGUGAUCCCCUCAAAGAUUUUGCUGGAAUCAGAUUUCUAGAUCGUUUUGUGUUCAAAAACCCUAAGAAACGUGAAACUCAACAAUACGGGGAAGUCAAAAAAGUCAAAGGAUCACAUCCUAAGUUUGCUAUAAGAAAGAAUUAUUCCGCUAAAGGUCUGAAAGCAAUUCCGGUUAAUUCAUCGACAUAUUUAAAUGAAGACGCAAAGAAAAUACCAGUUGAUGAAAAAUUCUUAUAUGAUUUCCUCCAGAAACGUCGUGAAGCGAAGACAUCUGAUGAUGAAGACAGUGACGCGGAUUCUGUCACAAGUGAAGACUUUAAUAAGUAUUUGGACUCUGUGACAGGGAAUAGAAGACAAGAUUCUGAUGAUGAACUAGAUUAUUUAGCGGAGAUGGAAGCGUCUAAACAGAAACAAGGCUCUAAGAAGAAAGAUGACAGUGAUGAUCAAUUGGAUGAUGAUGAUGAUGGUGAAAAUGAUGGAAAUGACUUCGAUGAUGAUGUUGAUGAAGAUGAAGGGGAACUCAAUAUAUCUGGUGAUGAAGAUGAACCGGAUUUAUCAGCAGAUGAGGAUGAACUCCGCUUAGAAGGCAGUGAUGAUGAUUUUAGUGAUGGAAUUGACAAGAAAUCCAGCAAAAAUAAACCUAAAAUGAAACUAAAAGGUAAAGAUGAUCUAGGAUCGUUAUUCGCGUCAGCAGAAGAAUUCUCCACUCUUCUAGAAGAAACCGCAACAAAUAAAGGACAAGGUUCAAGCCAAGCCGUAUCCAACACUGACAAUGCUAGUACAAAACAAUUAGCCUGGGAACAGAAGAGGGAUACCUGGAUAAAGGGAUAUAACAGAAAAAUACUUGGCAAUAAAAAACAUGGAAAGAAGAAAUUCAAAAAUGGCCGAGACUUCAAGAUCGCGGAAAAGGGCGCAAAACGAAAAGGCGGCAACGAUGGCGGUGCUGGCGGGAAAAGAAAGAAGAAAUAAUUGCUUGUGUGUUAUCAUAAUUUUAUAAAUAAAGUGUAGCACCAUUUA